AAGACUUGUGGGUCUUGUGGUUACGUCCAUCCUGCUGAGCUCUGGGCGGUGGCGUUGAAGGCUUCGGCUCAGCUCUCGGACUGUGACUGAGGGGCGAACCCGAGGGGGGACACAACGUGGACAUAGUUUUCUCUCUCUUUUCUCAACAAGGGUCUCCAAAAAUGAACCUUUCUCUCGUGGCUGUAUUGGUUUUUCUCGUGGUCGACGGAGCAGAAGCUUUACAAGAAUCCAAGAUAUGCUACAUUUUGGAUGGAAUUUUGUUCCUCUACGGGAUCAUCCUCACUCUUCUCUACUGCCGACUUAAGUUCCAGUAUCGGAAGAAGAACAAGUAUCCAGACCCUUCUGUCAUCUACGAGAAAGUGGAAGGCGUCUAUACGAUGCUGGUUUCAUUGCAACGUGACCGUGAAGUUAUUCUAAGUUCUACGUUCUUAAGUCACCCCUUGGUGUUUGUCCUCCUUGCAGGGUCUGGAGGUUGAGGAAGUGCAACCAUACAGCACGCUGGAAGCUUCGAAAAAGCCCCCCGAAGGGCUACCUCCAAGGAAGGCCCCCUCAGAAGAAUAAACAUCUAUCUUCAUACAGCUUCUGGAUAGACUUUCCCGGCCUCUGAUCUUGGCCAAAUUGGGUGUCGGGAGAGAAGCCCUUUUGGGUAGCAAUUCUUUUCAGACGCCUCAAUCUUCUUUCAGAAAUAUUAAUUUUUGGCAACGCAAAAAGGGAGGCUCAUGAUGCCUGGGUGCCUGGGAAUUCUACUGAAGCUCCCCAAGUCCUCCUGAAUUAUUAUUAUUGUUAUUAUUAUUAUUAUUUGGGCUAUUUUUGCUAGUCCUCGACUUACGGCCGCAGCGGAGGACAGGCUUCCAUUCCAAUUUCCAAGCAAGGAAAUUUUUAAAGUGAGUUGGCCUAGAUUUUAUGAAUUUUUGGCCACGGUGGUUAAGCGAAACACUGCAAAUAAGGGAAUCAGGUAAUCAUUAAGCAAAUUCUAUCUAUCUAUCUAUCUAUCUAUCUAUCUAUCUAUCUAUCUAUCUAUCUAUCUAUCUAUCUAUCUAUCUAUCUCUAUCUGUCUAUCGUCUGUCUAUCUUAUCUAUCAAUCUAUCAUAUCUGUCUAUAUCUAUCUAUCUAUCAUUUAUCUAUCAAUUUUUCUAUUAUCUAUCUUCUAUCAUCUAUUUUUCUUUUCUUCUGUUAUCUAUCUGUCUAUCUAGAUAUCUAUCAACUAUUUUUCUUUCUUUCUAUCAUCUAUUUUCUAUCUAUUUAUCUAUAUCUGUCUAGCUGUAUCUAUCAUCUGUCUAUCUUAUCUAUCAAUCUAUCCUAUCAUCUGUCUGUCUGUCUGUCUUUCUUUCUUUCUAUCAUCUAUCAUUUUUUCUAUUUUCUAUCUAUCUAUCUAUCUAUCUAUCUAUCUAUCUAUCUAUCUAUCUAUCUAUCUAUCUAUCUUCUCUAUCAUUUUCUCUUUCUUUUUCCUUCCUUCCUUCCUUCCUUCCUUCCUUCCUUCCUUCCUUCCUUCCUUCCUUCCUAUUGUUGAGAUCUUUGUUAAGGGACUUUGGCCCCAUUUUACGAUUUUCCUUGCCACAUUUGUUAAGCCAACGAGAGAUGCUGCAACCGUCAUCAAUACAUGCCGAAUGGUCUAAUUUAGUUCAUGAGACCGCAGAGAGGCGGCAAGGGGUUUGUGAGCACUGGUCCCAAGUCACUUUUCCCAUUAACUUCGUACAGUCGCUAAACGAACGGCCGUAAGUCGAGGACUACCUGUAAACGAACACAGCUUUCUUCCGCCAACUGAAAAGGGGGAAUUUAUCUUUCUCGGCUGCGUUAGAGGCGUGGUGGAAUUUAUGCUUCUUCUUUGUUUUUUCCUAUGGUGAUUUUUUGAUCUUGUAAGCCGCCUGGACUGUGAAAUGGGCAGCUGCUGUAUAUACAUUGGUUUAAUGAAUACAUACAUAAUAAAUAAAUAAAUCUUUUGUCAACAGUC